AUGAGAAACCCUUGGCCGAACGGGUCGGAUCCGCCUGCUCAGGAUCCGGAUAUGGACGCGUUGCAGGAGUCGGGUUGGGAGGAGCUCCGGAAAGAAGCUCGAAAGAUCGAGGGCGAUCUCGAUGUGAGGCUGUCUUCUUAUGCGAAGCUCGGCGCUCGCUUCACACAAGGAGGCCAUGUGGAUGCUAGUUCACCGACUUUGGGGUCGAGCAGGUCUUGGAAGUCUAUGGAAAUGGAGAUUGAAUCAUUGCUUGAGAAGUUACUUGAUGUAAAUGAUUCAAUGAGUCGAUGUGCUGCAUCUGCUUCAGCAACUACUUCAGUUACUCAAAAGCUUGCGAGACACCGGGACAUAUUGCAUGAGUUUACCCAGGAAUUUAAGCGUAUCAAGGGAAAUAUAAACUCAAUGAGGGAACAUGCAGAACUCCUGAGUUCCGUAAGAGAUGAUAUAAGUGAGUACAAGGCCUCUGGAAGUGUCUCUCCUAGAGUGCAAGUACUAAGGGAGAGAGCUGCAAUACAUGGAAGCAUAUCUCAUAUUGAUGAUGUGAUUAGUCAAGCUCAAGCAACUAGAGCAGCCUUGGGCUCCCAAAGGGCCUUGUUCGGAGAUGUUCAAGGAAAAGUGAAGCAGCUCGGUGACAAGUUUCCUGUCAUUCGUGGCCUUCUUGGUUCCAUUAAAAGAAAAAAAUCACGAGACACUCUCAUCCUUUCUGCCGUGAUUGCUGCUUGUACGCUUUUCCUUAUCAUAUAUUGGCUUUCUAAAUGA